AUGGCCCUCUGGACCUGUGAUGCUGGAGCUUGCUCUAAGGACAUGAAGUCCAUAGUGCUCGAUGCGAAUUGGCGCUGGCUCCACAACGGCCAGUACACGAACUGCUACAAGGAUGGUGACUGGGGCAAGACCUUGUGCCCCGACCCUGUGACAUGCGCCUUGAACUGUCACAUGGAGGGCAACUCGGAGAAGCAGUACAAGAGCACCUAUGGAAUCCAGCCGAUUCAGGAUGGCGUCGAGCUGGGCUUUGUAACCACAACCAAGUACAGAUCCAACUAUGGCUCUCGGGUCUACAUGCUGGACGACGAGAACAACUACCAGAUGUUCAAGCUCAAGAAAAGGGAGUUCACGGCGUGCCCUGCAAACCUGAAUGGUGCCGUGUGCUUCGUGGAGAUGGACGCAGAUGGUGGGAAGGCUCGGAGUGGGGGGACCAAUGCAGCAGGAGCCAAGUAUGGCACGGGCUACUGCGAUGCACAGUGCCCUCAUGAUAUGAAGUUCAUGAACGGUAAGGCCAAUAUCGUCGGCUGGAACGCCAGCCACGACCCUCCCAUUGGAUCCUGGCAGAGAUGGAUAUCUGGGAGGCCAACAGCCGUGCCACCGCCUACACCCCGCACCCUUGCUCCAUCACCGGUCCAUACGUCUGUGGGGGCACUGAGUGUGGUGACAAUUCCGAGGAUGAACGCUACGAUGGUGUCUGCGACAAGGACGGCUGUGACUACAACCACUACCGCCUUGGUGACAACGAGUACUACGGACGUGGCAACGGCUUCACCGUCAACUCCAAGAAGAAGCUGA